AUGUUCUCCCCGUGUCUUCGAACCAUCAAAGGAACCACCGAAGGAACCAUCAAAGGAACCAACGAAGGAACCAUCAAAGGAAUCAUCGAAGGUUCCUUCGAAGGAAUCAUCGAAGGUUCCUUCGAAGGAACCAUCAAAGGAACUAUCGAAGGAACCAUCAAAGGAACCUUCAAAGGAACCACCGAAGGAACCAUCAAAGGAACCAUUAAAGAAACCACCGAAGGAACCAUCAAAGGAACCAUCAAAGGAACCUUCAAAGGAACCAUCGAAGGAACCAUCAAAGGAACCAUCGAAGGAACCACCGAAGGAACCAUCGAAGGAACCAUCAAAGGAACCAUCAAAGGAACCAUCAAAGGAACCACCGAAGGAACCACCGAAGGAACCACCGAAGGAACCACCGAAGGAACCACCGAAGGAACCACCAAAGGAACCACCAAAGGAACCACCAAAGGAACCACCAAAGGAACCACCGAAGGAACCACCUAA